UUCAGAUACAGUAUUAGGGGACCACUAAGGUCUAUAUAAAAGCAUCCAAAGAGCACAUGUCAUGGGACCUUUUUAAGAUGGGAUUAUAUUCAAACAUAACACUGGUUUGGUGUGUCAAAAUAUGUUUUUAGAUCAGAUGAUUUAACACUUGUUAGCUGCUCUCUGUUUGUGUGUGUGUUUAAAAAGGGAGAGACAAUGCUGUGAUCCGCUGGAGUGUUUUCCAACAUUCACGGAAACCACCCCUGGCUGUUUGUUUCUUCUCACUCCUGUGUCCUCCUGAAAUAUAUAUGACAUUUAAUGAGAUAUCACUUUGACUGUCAGCAGGCCAUCAAGAGGUAAUGUAAAUAAUAGAUACACCUCAGUAAACUUGAUAGUGCUAGUCAAGCUCAGCGGGGUCACCUGCAGGCCUUUGUCCCAGUUCAACACUGAAUAUCUUUUGCAGUAGGUUUAGAUUAUGAAUGUCGCCAGGAAGUCUUUGCAGCUGUUUUUGAGUUCUGUUUACCUUCUUCCAUCACCUGUGUCUUACAGCCAUAUUUCAUAUGUUUGUUCUUUUCACUCAAAAAUAGGCCAAAAACUGCCAGAGCACUUUCAGCAACAUUCUUGUUUUGUAUUAUAAAGAAGAAAAACGUUGCCUUUUUGGCUCCGCUGGAGUCUGCCCUGUUUCACAGAGCCUUGUUGUGGCUGACCGAUGAGGGGUAAUGACAUGUCCUUUAUUUACUUCAAGUGAGGUAAACCUGUUCUUCAAGUCCCUGUUGAUGUAUAACCCUGGCUGCUUAUUAACAGUGUCCAGAUUACUCUGUGGACUCACUGCAGUCAGACAGGAGCACCUUUUUCCAAACUGUACUUUCUGCAACAAACAACCACAGCUAUAAAAGCAGACCCCCUGCCAACACAGGAACCAGCCAUGGCGUUGCGCCCACGUGCUUCCUCUCAGCCGGGAAAACCUUCCUUCCUUCUUCCCAAGGUGGCUUCAGGCUCUCGACCGCGGGCUGUUUCCUCACGCUCUGGCUCCAUGCUGGAAGAGGAACUGUCUUGUUCUGUAUGCUGUGAGAUCUUCAAGGACCCCGUGGUGCUCAAGUGCAGCCACAGCUUCUGCCGAGCCUGUCUGCAGCAGUUCUGGAACAAGAAGAAGGCCAGACGCGAGUGUCCCAUCUGCAGGAGAAAGUGUUCCCUGACAGAGCCCACAGUCAGCCUGGCACUGAAGAACGUGGCCGACACCUUCCUGAGGGAGCAGGAUCGCAUGGCGGCGGGAAAAGGGGAGGGAGCCAACAGGCCAGGGGAGCAGGGAGGUAUAGUGGAGGUGAAGUGCAUCACACACGGGGAAGUUCUCAAGCUCUUCUGUCUGGAUGACUUUGAACCCCUCUGCUGUGUGUGUCACACUUCUAAGAAGCACCAGGGACACCGAGUGUGCCCCUUGGAAGAGGGAGCGCAGGACCUCAAGGCAGAGCUGAAAAAAGAUCUGAUUCCUCUGAAGAAAAACCUGCGUAGCCUGUAUGAAGCCAAACAGGAGUGUGAUGACACAACUGUGCACAUCAAGGACCAGACUGAGGCCACAGAAAAGCAGAUGAAAAAGGAGUUUGAGCAGCUGCGGGAGUUCCUGAAGAAGGAAGAGACCGCUCGACUGGCUGCCCUGCAGCAGGAGGCCGAGGAGAAGAAAGAGCUGGUGAAGAGAAAGUCAGAGAGCAUCACCAGAAGUAUCCUCACCUUCUCUCACGCUGUCAUUGCCAUUGAGAAUGAGAUUGCCUCCAGUGACGCUCUCUUCGUUAAAAAUUACAGCAACACAAAGAAAAGAGCACAGAUCCCACUGAAUGAUCCAGAAAAAGUGUCAGGUGCUCUUAUAAAUGUGGCCAAGCAUGUCAGUUCCCUCAAGUACCAUGUGUGGGAGAAGAUGGCAGAGCUGGUUCAGUACACACCCAUCACCCUGGACCCCAACACUGCCUACCCCUGGUUGUCCCUGUCCCCAGACCUCACCUGUGUCACCAACAGUGGAUGCCUCCAGAAGCUCCCGGACAAUCCUGAACGUUUCGGCCACUUUGUGUUCCUGCUGGGCUCGGAGGGCUUCACUUCGGGCCGCCACGCCUGGGAGGUGGAUGUGGGAGACAAGGCAGACUGGAUGCUCGGGGUGGUCAAGGAGUCCAUCGACAGGAAAGGCCACAUCUCGGGCUGUCCCGAGGGUGGCUUUUGGAUGAUCUCGCACUGCGAUGGCGACUAUUUGGCAAUGACGAGGCCCAGCAACCCGCUGCAUCUGCAGGGAGAGCUGACCCGAGUCAGGGUGCAGCUGGACUACGACUCCGGAGAGGUGACCUUCUCCAACCCUAUCAGCAUGCUGCCCAUCUACAAGUUCACCGCCUUCUUCACUGAGAAGAUAUACCCCUUCUUCUGCCCUGGAGCAAACAUCAAUGGGAAUAAUCCCAAACCGCUUAAGAUCUGCCCCGCCAAUGUGGCUGUGUGGAACAGUGCCACGUGGUGAUUUGAAGAAAAAAAAAGAAUAAGACAUAAGUGUAUUUCAAAUUUAAUACAAAUAACCCAAUUGUGUAUCAAAUCAU